UUACUUUGAAAUUGAGUGACGUCACUUACUGCCGGAUAUUCUAAUGCUACGGCUAUAAAACGUGUUCCUCACGUCUCGGUCAAUUCUGCACGUAAACAGUCAAGAAUACUGUCGUCAUGGCCUCCACUGUCCCUAUUAAGAUUGGAAUAAUCGGUGGUUCUGGCCUGGAUGAUCCCGAUAUCUUGGAGGGAAGGACUGAGCGUUAUGUUGACACGCCAUAUGGAAAGCCAUCUGAUGCUCUGAUACUGGGGAAGAUCAAAAAUGUGGAAUGUGUGCUCCUUGCAAGGCAUGGGAGACAGCACACUAUAAUGCCAUCCAAUGUGAACUACCAGGCCAACAUCUGGGCACUGAGAGAAGAGGGCUGUACACAUCUGUUGGUUACCACAGCCUGUGGCUCACUCCGGGAGGAGAUUCAGCCGGGAGACAUUGUCAUCAUAGAUCAGUUCAUUGACAGGACGACCAAGAGAGCUCAGACGCUGUAUGAUGGGAAGCCCACCAGUCCUUCAGGAGUCUGUCACAUCCCCAUGGCCGAACCUUUCUGCAACAGAACCAGAGAGGUUUUGGUGGAGGUGGCGCGGAGCCUGGGCAUCAAGUGCCAUGUGCGAGGGACUAUGUUGACUAUCGAGGGGCCGCGCUUUUCCUCGCGGUCGGAGAGCCUGUUGUUCCGCCAGUGGGGUGCUGAUGUCAUCAAUAUGACCACUGUGCCCGAGGUGGUCCUCGCCAAGGAGGCCGGCUUGUGCUAUGCCAGUAUCGCCAUGGCAACAGACUAUGACUGUUGGAAGGAGCAUGAGGAGGCGGUCUGUGUUGACAACGUAUUGAAGACGAUGAAGGAGAACGCCAACAAAGCCAGCAGUAUCCUGCUAACUGCAAUACCACAGAUUAGUCAGAUGGAUUGGGCUCACACAAUGAAGACCUUGAAAUCAAUGGCACAAUCCUCAGUAAUGUUACCGAAACACUAAGAAAAAAAUUGAAGUAGAAAAUGUUUACGGAUCCCAGACACCACCCGCACCGACAUGGACAACAGACUCAACUCUGCCUGUGGAUUGGUCACCAGUGAACCACAAGAAAGUGCCUCACACACAUAAUGCAUGCACUCUAUCUUCAGCUGGAGUUUCAGUGUUUCCAAAAUACACAUAACAUCCCCUUCAUAUUUCUCUCUUUUUAAGUCUUAGGUCAUAAUAUCGUACUUGUAUACUAUUCACAUAUAUAUAUAUAUAUAUAUAUAUACACACAUAAACUGCCUAUAAACCCUUAGUGUCUUCUGUUAAUGCAGGUUACAAUUAAAAUGCUUUGCAAGUUUAGCACAUAAAUACUUUGUUUACUACCUUGUAUACAGCUGAUAUACUAUUAAGUUAGUAAAAAUUAUAAAAUUCUUGUCUUGAUACAUUUCAGCAAAAUACAGUCGGGAUAAAAUGUUUUGUUAGUAACGCGGUUUUUCCUAUUUUGUUUUACCUGGAGCAUUUUUUAUAGUUUGUGGAAUAUUCUCUUUCUAUUUUUUGUUUGUUUGUUUGUUUUUGUUUUGUUUCAUGAAUCACAACCCAACAGUGUUUAUACAAACACCAGUCAGCCACAAAAUUAAAACCACUCACAGGUGUAGUGAAUAACAUUAAUCAUCUGUUUACAAUGCAAUGUUCUGUUCUUUGACACACACACCGCCCACCUAAACAUCGCAGAUGACCCCCACCCCCUCCAUAUAAACCGGAUCCACCCUCACACUGAAUGCACAGGACCCAAAGACCAAAAUAUCCCCACAGCUCCUGUGUUUCAGAGCUGUUUGGCAGCACAAAGGGGACCUACAAAAUAUUAAUCAGGUGGUUUUAAUAUUGUGGCGCACACACACACACACACACACACCUACUUUACAGAAAUGACAGUAUUGUGACAGACAAAUCGACUGAGUUCAUUUUGCGACACUGGCAAUCAGAGGUGAAGGACAUUUUUUUGCUCAUCUAAAACGCUUGCUAAACUGCAAGUCAUCAUCACUGAAUGAAUUGAAAACACAGCAUCCGAAAAAUAUUUGGUCUUUUGUAGGUUUUUUCUUUGUUGCCUUGUCUCAACAGUAUGAAUGAAUUAUGCAGCAUAAACUCACUCAAUAAAAACCACAGAAAUUUGAGGUCAUUUUUUAAAGCUGGUUAAAGCAACUUGAGCAGAUUAAAAUAAACUUGCCGUUUGCAGUUUAGAUUCAAACGUUUUCAAUCACAUGCUCAUGCCACGUGCACAUGCUGGGUGGGGUAUUAAAACAUAAUAAUAAAGUACACGGAGUAAUAGUAUUUAUAUUCAUCUGAAUUUAGAAGGCAGAUUUGAAUUUCCGGUCUGGAAGUGAUGAAUGUUUAUAGGAAGUAAGUUUUACCAACGUUUUGGGUAAAUUAGAUGGUAAAAAAACACAUAAAAAUUCCUGUCUGAUUACAUAAUAAUAUUCCACCCCCUCCUUGUGGUUUUUUGAGACUUUUCUCUGCGUUGCUCAGCCUCACUUUAAUAAAACUGCUUUGAUAAAUGA